AUGAAGCUAAGAAUCAUUAGCUGGAAUGUUCGUGGAGCCAAUGAUAGCUCCAAAAGAAGGGUUAUUAAGGCAGUUAUAAGAAGUCAGAGGGUGGACCUGUUUUGUAUUCAGGAGACCAAAUUUCAAACUUUGUCGGAGGGUUUGGUAAGAAGUUUGGGUUCUGGAAGGUGGUCUAAUUGGGUGGCUUUAGACGCCUUGGGCUCUGCGGGAGGGAUUCUGGUGUGUUGGGACAAAAGGUCUUUGGAGGUGAUGGAGACGGAGGUAGGAAGGUUCUCAGUCUCCUGUAGGUUUAGGAAUGUGGAAGAUGGGAUGUCCUGGAUCUUUACAGGGGUGUAUGGGCCUUUCUCUAAAGAGGAUAGAGAUUGUCUGUGGGAAGAGCUAGGGGCGAUCAGAGGCUUGUGGGAAGAUCCCUGGUGCUUAGGGGGGGACUUCAAUGUCAUAUUAUCCCAGCGGGAAAGGAGCAGACAGGGAAGGUUGUCUGGUGCCAUGAGAAGUUUUGCCCAAAUAGUUGACGAUUUAGAACUCAUUGAUCUCCCAAUGCAAGGGGGUAUUGCCACUUGGAAUGGGGGCAGGAAUAAUCAAUCCUGGGCUAGACUAGAUAGGUUUUUGGUGACUCAACAGUGGCUAGAUAUGUUUUGUGGGGUAGCCCAAUGCAGAAUGCAUAGACCCACUUCCGAUCAUUUUCCUAUCUUGCUGAUGGGUGGGGGGAUAAGGAGAGGACCCACUCCGUUUAGAUUCGAGAAUAUGUGGCUGAAAGUGGACGGGUUCAUUGAUUUUCUCCGGGGAUGGUGGCAAGGGAUUGAGGUGAGAGGAAGGGCCAGUUUCAGAUUGGCCUAUAAGAUGAAGGUUUUGAAGCACAAUAUUAAAGUUUGGAAUAGGGAGGUGUUUGGAAGGCUGGAAGUCAACAAAAAUUCUGCCCUCCAGCAGUUGGAGUAUUGGGAUGGAGUGGAGAGUGAAAGGACCUUGACUUUAGCUGAAGCUGAGCAGAAAAAACAAGCCAAGGAUGCCUUCCAUCAUUGGGUGCUUUUGGAAGAGGUUCAUUGGAGGCAGAAAUCUAGGGAGCUGUGGCUUAAGGAAGGGGAUAGGAAUACGGGUUACUUCCACCGUAUGGCAAAUGCCUACCGUAGGAAUAACUCCAUGGACAGGAUUAUGAUUAAUGGGGAGCUGUUGACCGAGGAUCAAGAGGUGAGGGAUGGGAUAGUGAAUGAAUUCCAGAAAUUACUCUCAGAAGAGCAGGGGUGGAGAGCGGAUAUUGAGGGGCUGCAGUUCAAACAACUUAGUUCUAGGGAGGCUGAUGGUCUGGAGGUGCCUUUCUCUGUGGAGGAAAUCCAUUCUGCUUUGAUGGAGAUGGGGGGUGACAAAGCUCCUGGCCCGGAUGGCUUUUCAGUGGCCUUUUGGCAAGAGUCUGGGUUCUUUUCGAAUUCAAAGGGGUUGAGGCAAGGAGACCCCCUCUCUCCUUACCUCUUUGUCUUGGGUAUGGAAGUGCUUAGCACUCUUAUAAGACGGGUUGGUGAGGGUGGCUUCAUUUCAGGCUGUAGACUGAGGGGGAGAGGAGGGGAAGAGCUGGCUGUCUCUCAUCUGCUUUUCGCUGACGACACUCUCAUCUUUUGCGAAGCUAGAAGAGAGCAACUUGCCAAUCUUAGCUGGAUAUUGGCGUGGUUUGAGGCUGCCUCCGACCUCAGAAUUAACCUGGCUAAGAGUGUCCUAAUUCCGGUGGGGGAAGUGGAUGAGCUGGAGGAGUUGGCGGCUGAGCUAGGAUGCAGAUUGGGGGCUUUACCCACUGUUUACUUGGGGCUGCCCCUUGGAGCCCACCAUAAAACCUCUUCUUCUUGGGAUGGGGUGGAAGAGAGAAUGAGAAGAAGAUUAGCCCAGUGGAAAAGGCAGUAUAUUUCGAAGGGGGGAAGAAUUACUCUCAUCAAGAGCACUUUGGCCAGCAUACCCAUCUAUCUUCUUUCCCUUAUUCGCAUUCCUAAGGCUGUGGCAAAAAGGAUUGAAAGAAUUCAAAGAGACUUCUUGUGGGGGGGAGGAUGCUUGGAAGGGAAAGUUCACUUGAUUAAUUGGAAGGUGGUCUGCAGCCCUAAGGAGGAGGGUGGUUUAGACAUCCGAAAGAUAGACUUGUUGAACAAAGCCUUGUUGGGAAAAUGGGUUUGGAGAUAUGCCUAUGAGAAGGAUAACCUUUGGAAAACUGUGAUAGGGGUGAAAUACGGUCAAGAGGGAUGUGGGUGGAAGACAAAGGAAGUGUGUGGGCCUUUUGGGGUGGGGUUGUGGAAGGACAUCAUGAAGGAGGUGGAUUGGUGCUGGGAGAACAUUGAUUUUAAGGUUGGGAAGGGGAAUAGAGUUUUGUUCUGGACGGAUAAGUGGUGUGGCAAUGAGGCGCUUGCUCAAUCUUAUCCGCAGUUGUUUACCUUGGCGGGUCACAAGAAUGCCAAAAUUUGUGAAGUGUGGGACUCUAGCAUGAGUCAAGGAGGUUGGAAUCUCAGGUUGGCUAGAGACCUCAAUGACUGGGAGAUGGAGCAGAUAGGAGAUAUGCUGAAUCUGUUGAAGGACUUCAGGACUUCUCUUGAAGAGGACUCAGUGAGAUAG